UCUGAGGGGCAAGGGACGGGGAGGUUCUGGGCAGCACCGUUGUCGAAAACGGAACGAAGCGGUGCAGCAGGAUGCAGCAGGAAACUGACGCAAGUCACGGCUUGCAGUGGUGUGCAACAUUCUCGCACUGGACAAGUCUGCGACUCUCCGCCAAGAUCCACAGUCAACUUUCCGCCAAGAUCGCAAGAGAGCCACCGGAUGGAAAGGAAAAGCGGGGGUUGGGUCCUCCAGGAAGCGUGCAAGAUCUUCCUGCGUCUCCGCCAGAGGCCUCCGCUUCAAAAGUCACUCCUCUCGGGCACGCCGUCUCCUUCAGACUCCAAAGGCCAAGCCUUCUGCCCAGCAUUGUGGCACUCUCCCAACAUCUCCGCGUAUCCGGUGUUCUUCUCUCGCCAAGCUCUGCUGGUCUUGUCCUCCGAUGGCCCCCUUCUGGCCACCGUCUUAGCCGUCUUGAGGUUCCGUCUCGCUACCUCUAGGUGCUUGACAUCAGAACCCAUGCCCUCCCCUGAAUCGGGCCUCCGAGUUCCCCUCCACGGCUCCGGUCGACGUUCAGAUGAGGCCGGCCCUGUCUGUAGUUCCACAGGCACAGCGUCGCGGUUCCUCACCACAGGCACCGACCGAUUCAAUGGACCUGGGCAUCAAACGGCAUGCCGACUUCGCUACCCAUGGUCAAUUGGAGAUAGGAAAAACACAAUCUUUCAUUUCCGCAAUCCGCAAUCAAAUUUAGCCCCCUCUGUUGACGGUUCGGAGCUUGUCCCCUACCAAAAUGACGAAAUGGUACUUAUCCGGUCCAUCACCAAGAAAAACGGGCGGCGACCGCGUGCAGGAGGACAUUCCCAGCUCUCUGCGGCUGGCGAGAAAGAAGUUAUCAAAAAAGACUCGGGACUUUUUGUUCCAAGACUUUUUGUUGGAACGACCCAGCAGACAAAGACCCUUCCACCGCCAACGACGGCUAUUGCAACCUUUGUGCAGCAGCGCAGAGCUAAACACACCACCGCCCCGCGCGCCAAGAGAAACCCAGUAACCACAUCGGCACUUGAUCGAUUUUCACUGUCCACCUCUGAGGAUUUUAGGAGAAUCAGAGUAUAUGCUAUUUAUCUUCCCCUCGCCCAGUCGCCGACUCAACCCUUGAUUAAUUUCAAGGUCGAUGCCUUGCCCGCCAGCGAUGGUGCUCGCUGGGGGAAUUGGCUGUGA